AGCGGAACAUACGUUGUAGUAAGUACUUACAACUUACAAGUUACAAGCACAAAAUCUUGAACUCAAUUCUAUGCAAAAACAUUUUGAACUGCAGACGAUAAUGACUUGAAUAUUUUGUUUUUUUCAAAGUUCUUCCACUUUUAACUUUGUUCUUAAAAUGUCUGACGAGGAAAACGAUCGUUUUGAAGAAGAACAAAGUUUGUUAACUAGCAAUUUUGAAACUAUACCGCAUACACCAAGUGCUUGGGAAGAAGAUAUAUAUGAUGUUGAUGAAGAUCCAGACCCCCAUGCUAGCCCAGAAAGGGAAAUUUUAUGGGCGGCUGAACAAGGUGAAUUGGAUUUGGUCAAAUCUUUGGUGUCAAAACAUACCCACUUGGUUCAUAUUCAUGACAGAGAUGGUUAUACAGCUUUACACAGAGCAUGUUAUAGUAACCAUCUAUCAAUUGUUGAGUUUUUAUUAGAAAAUCAUGCAAAUCCAAAUGCUCGGACAGCUGAUCAAUGGACCCCAUUGCAUUCUGCUUGUAAAUGGAAUAAUGUAGAAUGUGCUGAAAAAUUAAUAGAAGCCGGAACUGACAUAAACGCUUUAACUAAUGGUGGAAUAACACCUCUACAUUUAGUAGCAGAGUUAGCUGAUUCACAUAGUCUCAUUGAACUAUUAUUAUGUCAACCUGGUAUUCAGCCUGAUAUAAAACUACCAAACGGUACAGGCGAUACACCAAAAGAUAUUACUAGUCGGAAGAGCACAAAUGAUCGACUUUUUGAAUACUCUGAACCGUGUUUCAAUUACAUAUGAAGUGAAUAAUAGUUAUUCAGACCAAAGACUAAUACAAGGCCCACAUGAUGCGACUAGUACUUUUUUACUGGGGUGUGUACUAAUUGAAUUGAUGGACUGCGUGUAUGAAAUAUUGUCAUUAGGUCUUAACUUCUCUAUAAGUUUUGCACUGACAAAGUCCCAACACCACAGAUGUCCACAGGUUGAUCCACUUAUUAUUAUGCUAUCAUUAUGAAAUACACAGUUUUCAAUAAAAUAA